CCAUACAUUUUUAUUUGAAAAGUUUGUCAAGACGUAUAUGUAGACAAAUUUAAAUUAUCAGUGGACUAAAUUUUUAGUAGCUAACAUGAAUCGCAGAGGUAAGAGUAAAACGUCCUUUGCUUCCAGCACAGAAUACUAUUACUCCGAUGACAAGACUUCAUACGGGAGAAGUAGAGCCAUGUUGGCAGCUAAACUUAAGCGGGAAGAGAAGAGUAAAACGUCCUUCGAUUCUUCCACGGGUUACUACUCCUACACGGAUGGAACUUCUUUAAAAAGGACUCCAAUAACCUUCUCGCCAAGUCCGGCAUUUUUGCAAAGCCCCAAGACUAAAUUAAAGCUUAUUGCUCUGUAUGAAGAUCAGGAGUCCUUGUGGAACCAAUGUCACAAGGAUUUCUUUGACUUUGAGCGUAGAGAGCAAAUUUGGAAGGCGAUCGCUGAGGAAAUGAAAAAGGACUCACCACCCGAGUUUUGGAAGCAUAUGAUCCACAGGCUGCGCUAUAAUGUCGAAUUGGAAAGCAUCCAAGAGCAGGAGGCCAAACACUCCGGGACGCCUGUGAAAACGAAACUCUUUUACGCAGACAAGUUUUUGUUCCUAAGUCACAUGUUUCACCGAGAAAAAGGCAGUCCACCUAAAGAGAGGGUUAAAUGGAUUAUCCCACGGACAGGAGAUGCACUUGAAAAGUCCCCUUCGAGGACUCAAGAAAAACAAAAAUCUCGCACGCCCAUCAUGGAAAAGUUGGCCACUCUCGAGAAGUUAAGAAACUAUCAACGCAACAAAUUGGUCCUCUCCCCAGAAGCCUUCCAGAAAAUGCAGAAGAUCACCAGCGGAGGACCCUACUAUUUAACCAACGUAAAGAAAAAGAAUAAACCUUAGUGUCUGUACAUCAUCGAAAGAAUUAACUACACACAUUUAAAUCGA